AUGGCACUGCAGGAGAAGCGGUCUCUCGUGCAGUUCGGCCUGAACCGCCGGCUGCUGCGCUGCGUCGGCCUGUGGCCUGAGGAACGGGGCAGCCCGUGGCGGCCGUCCCGGUGGCCGAACGCGCUGCUGCAGCAGGGCAGCCUCGCCGCCAUGGUUACCAGCGAGCUGGCGGCGCUGCGACAGUACUGGGGCGGCGAGCUCAGCCACACCACCAUCAACGCCUGCAUCAUCCUGCUGGUGGCCGUCGCCCUCUGCAAGGCCUCCUCCCUGGUCUCGCUGCGCCGGCCCAUCAUACAGCUCAUGCACACGCUUCAGGACACUUCCGUGCCUCAGAACGAAUGGGAGGAGCGCAUCUACUCCGGAGCUGCGAGGCACGCACGCCUUCUCACUCUGGUGCUCUGCGUCGACUACGCUAUCGUGGCCUUCAUCUGGGACUCUCUUCCGCUCCUCAACUUCAUGCAGCAGUCACCGGAAAGUCGCUACAAUAACAGCGACGCCAUAUUCUCACAGUACCCGAUCAUAGCACUGUACCCUUGGGAGGUGCAGACUGGCCCCGCCUACGCGUUCACGUACACGCUGCAAGUGAUGUGCGGCGCCAUCUUCACCAUGACGCACCUGGCGUGCGACACGUUCCUGAUGUCGCUCGUCAUCUACAUCUGCAGCCAGAUAGACGUGCUACGCGCCACGCUGCAACAGCUGGGCCGGCGCGCCGACCGCGUGGGGGCGGCGGCGGCGGUAGCGGAGGCGCAGGCUGAUGCGGAGCUGUCUGUGGGUCGCCUUGGAGGGGGCAGCGACCGCGGCAAGGCCCUCUGUGGCCAGGGCUCCGAGCAGGAGCUGUACCAAGAGCUCGUGGCCUGUAUAAAGCACCACAAGAACAUCAUAGGGUACGUCGGCGUGCUGCAUCAGGUGUUGAGUCCCGUGGCGCUGGCACAGUUCAUGUGCAGCAUGGUCAUCAUAUGCCUAUCAGGCUUUGGCAUAGCGAUUUCUAAUGACUUUGGCGCCCUCUGUCGGUACUGUGUAUACUUCACUGGAGCAGCCAUUCAGCUCCUAAUAUUUUGCUGGUAUGGGGAAGUACUGAUCACAAAGAGCGAGCGUGUCAGCGAGGCAGCCAUGGGCUGCGGCUGGACGGAGGUCAGGGGCCGCCACUUCAAGAGCUCUGCCCUGAUCCUCAUGAUUCGCGCCCAGCGGCCGCUUGCCCUCACGGGCAGCAAGUUCUACGUCAUCUCGCUCAAGACGUUCGUGCAGCUGCUGAAUGCGUCCUACUCGUUUUUCGCUGUACUCCGGCAACUGAACGAAUCUGGACACCGUGAAGAAGAGGGCGCUCUGGCAUCGCUUUGAAGAGCACCUCGAUCCCUUUUUCCGCCGCGCCGCUGCAGCUACAGAAGGGGAGGUGCUUCACUGCUUCACUGAUCACGGCCCCGCUCUAAUUUCUGACAUUUAUGUAGGAGAAAACCAACGUGCAGUAUACUUUCUGUCAUGUGAUUUUCUAUCUGUGUGCUUUCUCCAUUAUUUCUCUUUCCUCCUUCCAUAUUCUUUUCCUCCCACCCAGUGUAUUUUUUCC